UCCAGUCGGAGGGUUUUUACCAGGUGAUGCUGUCCAAACCCGACUGAUCUACUGACCGGAUCAAUGGAUCCCGAUUUAUUCCUACGCAGCUGGAAGAGGCUGUUUCAUUCAUUAAUAACUGUGUGUGUGAUCCUCAUUUAUCAAGCGCAUCUUUCCAGAGGUAUUGAGGGAGUGAACGUUUCAAACUGGGAUGUUUUAAAUAACAGCGGGAGCAGCAGGAUAAAGCAUCAGAAAUGGGACACCGCUUCCCAUGGAGGGCAGGACCUCCAUUCAGCCACUUCUUUAGAAACAAACACCUCUGCCUCGAGGGAAUCACUGGUUGUGUCCAAUCUGACCUCUGUCAGGAUAGACAGGAUACAAAAUGAUUCAUGGAAUCAAAGCACCGACCGAUCAUCUUUACCCAUGGGGGAAUCUGGUCAAACAUCAUCAAAGACAAUAACCGGUAACCAAGAUGAAGAAAAUUAUAUAGAAAAUAACACUAAGACUGGAAAAUCAAGCCGACCCCAAACCAGCACAGUGCCAACCAAACAACCAGCAAUCACUCAGUUACCUGUCAACACAUUCUCACCUGAUCCAUCCUCACGCAGAACUACCCCACCCAAACAAUCUGAUCUGUCAGCUGUUGCAACAGACAGUAAGUCGGACGUUAACCCAUUACCCCCCACUCAGCAAAGCAUUGAAGCAGCAUCAAUGAGCCAAGCAACUGACUCAGUCCUGUCCCAAACCAACUCUGCUUCUACUAGUCAAUCAACAAAAAACUCCCAGUCCCAAGACACUGUUGGACAAGCCAGCCAAUCAGGACAUACCACAGAAAAUACUAAUCCCUCCCUAAGCAGCACAAUUUCCGCAAUUCUACCGUCAACAAAAUCUUCAUCAUCCAGCCAUCUAAAAGUCACUCCAGUACCAUUGUUUGAAAAAUGGUCUUCAACAGCAUCAGGCAGCCAAAUGACUGAGACAGCUCAGUCAGAUGAAUCCCAAACUGAUCUAGUUUCCAGUAGCCAAUCGGAAACAACCAGCCAGUCAACAAAAACUUUGGCAAGCUUCACAAAAGAUACUAUUAAAUCAAAAAGCAGCACAACCUUGUCUAAUGAAGCAACUAUUGAGAAUGUAAUAACAGGCUUAUCUAAGGUUAACGAUUCAUCAUUGACCCAACAACUGACAACUAAUAAAUCAUCUGGCCAACUGUCAAGCCCCAACGUGAUUUCUAAACAAACAAAAUCCACUGUUGCAUCAAUUAAUCAAACAUCUGAAAUUACGGAAAAACAGCUACAAAACUGGACAAAUAAAGAAAGCGAAACACCUACUAACAUGACACCAAUCAACAAGGUGCACAACAAAGAGGGACCAUUCAGCCAGCCACUAUCCACCAAACCAUCAGGCAAUCAACCACCCAUCACAACCACCCCAAACAAUGACUCAGGAGCUUCAAGCAAUCUAACAAACCCGAUACCAAACAAUGCUGCAUUAGACAAUAGAGAAAUAACAACUGCAACAACAGCAAGAGGAAAAACUUCUAGCAGGGCAGCAAUGGACAACCAGGCCAUAGAGAAACUAAGAGAAACCAGCCAGUUACCAACCACUAUAGCCCUAUCUCCAUCCACACCAGCAAUGUCCAAAUUGUCUGAAAGUAUAACACCAUCCAGACCAAGGCCAACUAAGGCAACAGACCUCAAACAGACUCCAUUACGGCACAGUGCAACUGUACCAAAUGAACUUGCGAAGAAGACAAAACACUCCAGCCAACAAGUAGAGAGUACAACAUUAGCCCAAAAGAAGUCUGGUAGCUCCCCUAAAGAAAAACAAAUACCUGCUAAACAAGUGUCCAAAAAAUCUGCACCUAAAAAUACUGGAUCUAAUCCUUCACCAAUAAACACAGCAAAGUCUGGACAAUCCCUGAAACAGACAGAACCUGUCAGCCAGUCACCAGUUGGUAGAUUACCUCCCAGGAUUUCUUUUUCAGUGGAUAGUACAACAAAAUCAACCCAUUUGCCAUCCAGCCAAAUGCAACUGAGCCUCUUUAGAACUUCAUCAAACUUAACAAGCCAGCCCUUCCUCACAACAUUUUCUAAUCAAUCUCCAGCUACCAUAGUUUCAACUGAACCUCCAGUGACAAGUUCAGCGGCUUCACAUAUUACAUCUCACAACCUGAUAUCAAACAAUCAUACCCAGCUUAAUUUGACAAACACAAACCAGUCACCUAAUGGGUCUUCAUCACCGCAGUUGGCGACUGGAUUAACAAUAUCAGGAAAUUCAGUCAGUGAAGCCCUUUCAUCUGAUGAUCGUCCAGUCAAUGUCUCGCAGCUCACAAGACAGGCAAAGGAAGCCCUGAAGUCAUCCAAGCGUAGAAUUCCAGGGGAGCCAUGUGAGUAUCCCUGCCUCAAUGGAGGACAGUGCAUUUUAUCAGAGUCAUGUGACUGCAGCUUGUUUCAGGCCACUGGGCACAGAUGUCAGACAGUUCCAAAUCUUGGCUUUGAGAGGGAGAUGACCUGUAGGACUUGGGGCCAGUACAACUUUGAGACCUUUGAUGGUCUCUACUUCUACUUCCCUGGCAGAUGCACGUAUACACUCCUUAGGGACUGUGAAGAAACCACGCAAGCAAGCAUCGUUGUCCAGGUCCAUAAUGACCCAGACUGCAGCUCUGCGCCCUACACCUGUCAGCGGUCUGUUAGUGUCUUUCUCCCAUGGGAAGGCGAGAUACGAUUGUAUGCCACCAGCACCACAUUCAAAGGCCAAAGUCUGCAGCUGCCUCAUCGCAUCCACGACCUGCAGCUGGAGCAGAUUUCCCAGUAUGUGGUGGUGACGCAGCAGUUGGGUUUCACCUUGGCCUGGGAGGGACAGAGUGGCUCAGUCUACAUUAAACUCAGCCCAGAGUUUGUGGGCCGAACUUGCGGCCUGUGUGGCAACUUUAAUGCAGACGUUCAGGAUGACCUGAAGACGAGCUACGGUGUGCUAAGCCAGAAUGUAGAGAUGUUUGGGAACAGCUGGAUGGAGAUGGAGCCCCACCAGGGCAGAUGUACCCAGGUUCCGACUGACUUCUUAUCGCCUUGUGCUCUUGUUGAUACUCAAAUCCUUCUGAAAGUGGAGGAGGUUUGCGCAAUGCUGUUGGAGCCACCUUUCCAAAGCUGUCACGACUUUGUGAGCCCUCUGUCCUACAUGGCCAGCUGCUCCAACGACCUCUGCAAGUCGGGUCCCAGCGGAGAUGUGGUAUGCCAGGUGUUCAGCGAAUACGCUCGAGCCUGCGCCCAUGCUGACCACCCACUGCACAACUGGAGGCAGCACAUUCCUCAGUGUGUGAAGCAGUGUCCUUUGGGGCUGCAGUACAGAGAAUGCAUCAGCUGCUGCCCCGAAUCCUGUAACCUGGAGCGAACAUGCAUAGAUAGCAAACUGGCCUGCUUAGAUGGAUGCUACUGUCCUGAAGGUCUAAUUUAUGAGGAUGGAAGUUGUGUGGCACCAGCUGACUGUCCCUGUGAGUACCACGGCAUGUUUUAUCCGUCUGGACAAACACUGCAGGAGGAGUGCAACAACUGCACAUGUGUGGGUGGAGUGUGGAACUGCACUGACAACAGCUGCCCAGGCGAAUGCUCGGUGACGGGCGAUAUGUAUUUUCAGUCAUUUGAUGGCCGGAUCUUCAGCUUCCCUGCGACAUGUCAGUACGUCCUCGCCAAAAGUCGUAACUCAGGAAAAUUUACCGUCACCAUCCAGAACGCCCCCUGUGGAGCCAAUUUAGAUGGGGCCUGCAUCCAAUCAGUGAACCUGGUCAUUAAUGAGGAUCCAAGGACAGAGAUCACUCUGAGUCACAUCGGCGAGGUCUUCAUGGCUGGGCAGUACCGUAUCUCACUGCCCUAUUCUGACGACUUCUUCCACAUCCAGGAGCUGUCAUCCAUGUUCCUCCAGGUUCGGACAGGGUUUGGCCUGCAUCUGCAGUACAGCUGGACAGAGUUUCGUCUCUACUUACAGGCUGACGAGACGUGGAAAGACAACACGGUGGGGCUUUGCGGCACUUUCAACGGCAACAGUCAAGAUGACUUUCUAUCUCCAUCAGGAAUGAUUGAAAGCUCGCCUCAUCUUUUUGGAAAUUCCUGGAAGGUGUCAUCAGCCUGUUCACUGAGCCUGAGUACACCUCAGAUAGACCCCUGUGACACUCACCAACAGGCUGUGACCUACGCCUCAGAAAUGUGUGACAUUCUUAAUCAAGAUCUAUUCUCCGCCUGUCACGAAUACCUCAGCCCGACACCUUUCCACCAGCAAUGCCGAGCAGACACCUGUCGGUGUGGGACGCCCUGCCUAUGCUCCGCUUUGGCUCACUAUGCCCGGCAUUGUCGGAGAUUCUCUGUUAUUAUCGACUUUCGAUCACACAUAUCGGACUGCGCUGUCACUUGUCCUACCACAAUGCAGUACGGCACCUGUGUGUCCUCCUGCCAGCGGCGUUGCUCCUCCCUCUCUGUCCCGCAGCACUGUGGGGAGUACUGUGAGGAGGGCUGUGUCUGCCCCCAGGGGUCCUUUUACAACCACCGAACUCACACCUGUGUGCACAAGAGCGAGUGUCCCUGCAGUGUCCUUGGAGUAGACUACGAGCCAGGAGACGUGAUUUUGACAUCAGCAGGUGUUCAGCUUUGUCUUAAUGGUAAACUGGUGUCCCAAACUACAGAAUCUGACAGGCUGUGCCCACCGGGUCAACUCUAUCUGAACUGCACAGAUGAGCAGAACAACCUCAUGCCAGGAAGGGGCUUAGCCUGUGAGCGCACCUGUGAAUCAUUCCUGCUCAACAUCACCUGCUCUGCACACGAGCCCUGUGUCUCUGGAUGUACCUGCCCCCCUGGGUUACUAAAACAUGGGGAUGAGUGCUUUGAGCCUGAUGCUUGCCCCUGUCUGUGGAAAGGAAAAGAAUAUUUCCCUGGUGACAGAGUUUCCUCCCCUUGCUAUCAAUGUGUUUGCCAACAUGGAACGUUCCAGUGUUUGUUUCGCCCAUGUCCAUCCAUGUGCACGUCUUAUGGUGAUCGCCACUACAGGACAUUUGACGGACUGCUGUUUGACUAUGUCGGUGCCUGCAAAGUUUAUUUGGUUAAGAGCAGCGCUGAUGUGGUGCUGAAUGUGAUGGCUGGGAACGUUGACUGCUUUGACAGUGGAAUGAUCUGCAGGAAAACACUCCUUAUCAACAUGGGAGGAUCUUUCAUAUCUUUUGAUGAUGAUUCUGGGAAGCCAAAUCCAUCAAGUGUGAUUGACAAGAAGCAGCAGAUGUUUAUUUGGCCGGCUGGAUACUUUACAAUAAUUCACUUCCCAGAAGAAGAUGUGACGGUCUUAUGGGACCGCAAGACCACAGUUCACAUCCAGGUUGGACCUCACUGGCAGGGGAAACUGAGUGGCCUGUGUGGGAACUUUGACCUGAAGACGGUGAACGAGAUGCGGACGCCUGAUAACAUUGACUCUCCAACACCACAGGAGUUCGGAAACAGCUGGACAGCAACAGAGUGUGUGAACAGUCCAGACAUCAGACACCCCUGCAGCCUCAGUCCUCUCAGAGAACCAUUUGCAAAGCGCCAGUGUUCCAUCCUGCUCAGUGAGGUCUUUCAGACCUGCCACCCAGUGGUGGAUGUUACCUGGUUCUACAUGAACUGCCUUGCUGAUACAUGCGCCUGCAGCCGCGGGGGUGACUGCGAGUGUUUCUGCACCAGUGUGGCGGCUUACGCUCAACGCUGCUGCCAUGAGGGCAUCCCUGUUGACUGGCGCUCACCAUCUCUCUGCCCCUUUGACUGUGAAUUCUACAACAAAGUUCUAGGUAAAGGCCCGUUUAGGCUCUUCACUUAUAGGGAUCAGACAACUCUGUUGGCAGCCAGCAGGUCCAGUGGCUUUGUUUUCCUGCAGCGGGUUAACAUCAGCACCAAUAUCGCUGCCGGGGUCCUGGUAGAGUUCAUGAUGACACCGGGCUUAAGCAGAACCAGGCCCCAUGAUGCAUCACGGAUUUCCUUUGAAGCAGUCGACAGACCGAACUACUUCCUGCAUGCCAGUGCCAGCGGCCAGGUUAGGCUGACCAAGUGGGAGGACAACGAGGCAUUCUGGGAUGGAGCUACCUUCAUUAUCCACAGGAACACCUGGAUUUCAGGCUAUGACUCGCUUGAGUCACACGCUAAACCUGGCUUCUUCCUGCACGCCACUAUGCCUCGCCUCCACCUGCUCAAGUUCAGACACACUUACAGUUUCCGCCAGGCCUCGCUCUUCAGACUGUCAGGUCCCAGAUCAGACACCCGACCAAGUCCUCGAUGUCAGUGGCGCUACGACUCCUGCAUCAGCCCCUGUUUCAAGACCUGCAGCGACCCGUCGGCUGAGUCAUGUGUCACCAUCCCACAAGUGGAGGGCUGCCUUCCUGUGUGCCCCCCUGACAUGGUCCUAGAUGAAGUCACCAGUCGAUGUGUCCAUGUUGAAGACUGUAUUAGGGUUCCUGAUUAUGUGUCUCCUCCCUCACCAUCCACUCCAGCAAAAAUUUCUAAGAGCACCACAUCAUCCACAUCUCCAGGCACAAGUCACACAGGAAAAGCUCUCAGCAGCACUAUUUCUAGUAGUACUUCACCAAGCAAGUACACUACCUUAUCCAAAGCACCACCCACACCUUUUGAGCUAACUUCAUCUCCAACCUUCUCUCUAUAUCCAACUCCUAAACAUUCAAAAACUCCAUCAGGGCCAAUAACGCCUCCUGCUGUCAGGCCAGAGGUGGUGGAGCCACCAUCCACAGUCAGAAUAACUGAAACUCUGCCAAUAACUUUAACAGCUGCAGCAAGAUGGACAACCAGGCCAGUGAACACUACAGUCAGCUUACUCAGCACCACCAUGUCCACGACAACCAGAGCUACUUUGGACAGCUCCUCUACCCAACUGACUGUCACACCGCCCCCCCGCCUCACCAACACAGCUGUAACAACUUCUGCAGCAAAGACUACUACUGCUGAGAAACCCACCACAAUCAGCACUUCAACAAUUGUGCAUUCACACGAAGACACAGCAAAAAGCACAAGUUCAGAAACUACUGGAACAAAGACAUUGAGUCCAGAUUCUCCUUUGGUCUCAGAAACCUCUGUUCAUCGAGAUGGAACCACUGUCUCCAGUACUACUGCUACUUUCUAUACAGACACCAGUAAAAAAGCUACAGGUACACCUUUUGAGGGAAUGGCAACAGUUCCUAUUAUCUUGCCAGAAAGACCAAGCACAAGCUCCACAUCAGCUUCUCCUGUUCCAACCUUACCUCCUCUAGAAACAGAACCAGCAUCUUCCACAACAUUAAUUUCACCAAAGACCACACAGCCAUUUAGACUAGUUACAUCUUUGACAACCAGUAAAGAAACACAAACUGGAACCACAGGAAAAACCUUAGCUAUUAUUGAAAGUGACCGUGCAGCUUCUUCAACUGUCCCAGUGUUAUCAACCCAUAUGUAUGGUGUUACUCCCUCUACAACUUCAGCAUCUGCCCCCACCUCUGUUCCUUUAUGGUUGGAAACAUCAACUACAAAGAAAGUUACCAUCCUGGAAUCCUUAGCAUCUAGAAUCCCAACAGUCGCUACAACAACAGCUUCCCCUUUACCUGGAGAGGUUAGAGGCAGCCCCACUCCUUUGCACUCAUCAACAGCCUAUUCUGAGAGGACUUCCUGGUCAGCGGCUGUCCCAGUUACAGGGAAAACCACCACCAGCAAGCUAACUUCAAGACCUCUUGUGGUUCCAGAAACAUCCACAGAUGUUAUUUUUGCCACUAAACCUGAAACCUCUAGUCACAUUAGUACUCUACCACAAUCUCCAGCAACAGAGAGCUCUACCCAUCCUUCCUAUACUGAACAGAGCUCUGAAUCUGGGCCGCACUUCCACUGGGAGACCACCUCAGCUUCCACAGCUACCUACCAACCCCCAAUGGGGACAACAUCUGUGUUGCCCUCUGAAUCUCCUACCAUGUCUUCUAAAUCACCUGAAGUUUCACAGUUUCCAGAGACAUCUAGGACAUCUUCCACAACUACAACCACCACAGGAAAAACAACACCUGAAGAAGGCGGAGUCACAACCAUCAGGAAGCUUAUUACUCCCCCGGCUCCACAUGUAUCUGGCUCUCUUGAGACCCUCCUAACCACAAACCCUACAGGAGCUGUACUGUCUAGUCUUUAUACUACUGUUAAACCUGUCAUUGUUGCAUCGAUUACAGAAACUGCAAAACCAGUUACCGCCAGAGUGUCAACUGGAACAACGAACAUGUCCCCUCCAACUUUGUAUUCACUCCACACAAGUUCUCAAACGGCUCCAGCUGAAUCUACCAUUCUGGAAAAGGUCACCACCAGAUUGGUGUCAAUACCAGGAGCUACACCAACUAUUGCGAGGACAUCUAUCCUCACAGCAGCAUCCAGAGUUCCUGUAACAACAAGAGUUUCUCCCAGAGCCACACCAACCUCAAAAAGACCAGUCACCUCAAGGGUCACUAUUGGAAUGAGACCCUCAGCUAUCACCACCAGAUCAACAAUGAUUGGCUCACCAACUGUUUCUCCUGCUACUACUUCUCCUGUCAUUGCAACAUCAGCAAGCAAGACUGAUCAUGUUAGCACAUCAGCGGCGAGUCCUCCUACCAUAACAACUACAGUCCUGGCCCCUUCACCAAAACCAGCUGUGCCAUUUACAACUGCGUUUGCUGCUGAGUCAACAACAACCAAAGAAGCUAAAAUACAGCAAACUCAAUCUCAGAGCCCUGAUGUCUUUGUGGCAACCAAGGAGCCUGGUAUUCCAUUUUCAACUACAACUCCCUAUGGAGCAACCACCACCAUGGAAAAGAUUCAUACAACUUCAGGUUCAACACUCUCUUCGAUCUCUCCUCAUUUAGCAAUGGAAACAACCAGCUCCUUUGGACAGCGAUCAACAUUGAUGACAGAAACUCCUGUAAGGACGUGCACUCCUCCAUAUGCAGAGAUUGUUGAUGAAUGCACAAAGUACAUCUGUGUCAACAACCAGCUCAUCCUCUUCAACAAAUCCCAGAGCUGCCCUUUUACAGCUGAGCCUCCAAACUGUGGUCUGCUUGGUUUUUCUGUUCUGAUCAAUGGAGACAAAUGCUGUCCAAAAUGGGAUUGCCCAUGUCGCUGCUCUAUAUUUCCUGAUCUAAAUGUCAUCACUUUUGAUGGGGACAGCUUUGCUGUUUUUAAAGCUGCUUCUUACAUUGUUACCCAGUUGCCCAAUGAGACCCUCAGUGUCCUGAUUCAGGAAUGUCCAGCGGAUUCUGAGUUACCGGUUUUCUGGAAUUUCACCAACUUGUGUCUAGUCUCACUCAACAUCACGCACAAAUCUAACCAUGUCGUCAUCAACAGACUACAGAGAAGACUCUAUGUAAACUCACGAUACGCCAAGCCCCGUUUUAAAAAGUAUGGCUUUGAGAUCUAUGACACAGGCAACAUGUACCUGAUCCGCAGCCCAACUGGUCUUAAAGUACAAUGGUACCACAGCACUGGCAUGAUGGUGAUUGACACUGAUGGCUUGGGCAGGAAACUUCCCACCAUGGGCCUCUGCGGAUUUUGUGAUGGAGACCUGACCAAUGACCUUACACUGCCUAAUGGUACAGUUUUGGGCGUAAGCAAAGACCCAACUCUGUUUAUCGACAGCUGGCAAGUUCCCAACACCACAAGCUACGUCAGCUAUAGCCGUCGACGUGAGCACAACUGCUCCACCAGCGAUUGCUCACGCUGUCUAGCCAUGCUGGAGGAUAACACCUUUACCCGUUGUCAUGAAUUUGUGCCACCCAGCACAUUUUGCGAGGUUUGGGUGAGAGACUCAGAGUAUAUGAACAACCAUUGUGUGGCUCUUGCUGCUUAUGUGGCCUCAUGCCAUAAGUUCAAUAUCUGCAUUGAGUGGAGGAGGCCAGAUUACUGCCUUCCUGCCUGCACUUCUCAAUCCUGUCCAAACCAUGACUUUGACUCUGAUCCAGACCACUGCAUGGGACUGACAGAGGGCUGUGUGUGUCCUGAAGGAACUUUACUUCAUCGUCCGUACUCUGCUCUCUGCAUCCCCUUUGAGAAAUGUGCUUGCACCGACAGCUCAGGUGUUCCUCGUGCAAACGGCGAGGUGUGGAAGGCCUCAAAGGACGGCUGUUGCAUGUACCGCUGCGACAAUGACACCAUCGUACCAGUGGAGUAUAACUGCUCCAGCGUUCCCACGCCAGUUUGCCAGCGAACAGGCGAAAUGAUCAUCAGCAUGUCCGAUGACACCAGCUGCUGUCCACACAAAGUCUGCUUGUGUAACCAGAGCCUGUGUGAUCACUUUCCCCCUGAGUGUAAAUAUGGGGAAAAGCUGGUGUCUUACUACAGAGCAGACUCCUGCUGUCCAGACUAUGUCUGUGAGUGUGAUCCUGAGCUCUGUGAGUCUGACAUCCCGACCUGCAGAGACGACCAGACUCUGAUUGCGACCAGAGCUGAUGGCAGCUGCUGUUUGGCACACAUCUGCAUGUGCUCCUCUUGUUCUGAGACGCCACCCUUCUGCCAGGAUGGGGAGGUGCUAAGCGUUGACAGCAACAGCACGGAUCGAUGCUGCCCUUCCUACCAAUGUGUAUGUGAGCCCUACAGAUGUCCUCAGCUGAGUUGUCCUUACGGGAUGUCAGUUGUGUCUGUUUCCAAUUCAAGUCUCUGCUGUCCCAAGCAAACAUGUGGUAUGAUCCUAACAUGCUACCUGCUUCUCUUAAGCCGUAACCUCAGCUUCUUUGCUGGAAAAUGUAAUAUUACCUUGUGCUUUGUGUUUACAGAAUGUACCUGUGACAAAGUGGCCUCUCCAAAAUGUGGCCUGGGGGAAGCUGCACAGCUUGAUCUGGCCUUUCUGUCUGACCCACAGAACCAGUGUGCCUGCAAGAGGUACAAGUGUGUGCGUGAGGCUGUGUGUGUGUUUGGUGAGCGUGGAUUAUUACAGCCAGGUCAGACUCUCGUUGAGCACGGAGACAACGGACUUUGUUACAGUCGGCACUGUAGCCAGGUUCUGGAUCAGAAGAGUGGAUUUUAUCUGCUGCGAAACUCGACAGUCAACUGCUCCAUCCACUGCCAGCCGAAUCAGAUCUAUGUUCCUCCUAAAGACCAGUCAACCUGCUGUGGCGUCUGUAAAAACAUUUCCUGCCUCUAUCAACAUGAGAAUGGGACGAUGAGCCUCUAUAAGCCUGGACGGUCCUGGGUUUCAAACUGUAAGAAGUUCGACUGCUCCGACACUUCAUUCGGGCCAACCCUCAUCUCCUACUCCUACAGCUGCCCCCCCUUCAAUGAAACGGAGUGUAUGAAGAUAGGAGGAACCGUCAUAAGUUACAUGGAUGGAUGCUGCAAGACAUGCAAAGAAGAUGGGAAGUCAUGUCAAAAGGUUACAGUUAGGAUGACAAUCAGGAAGAAUGACUGCCGCAGCAACCGGCCGGUAAAUAUUGUAUCCUGUGAUGGGAAGUGUCCUUCUGCCAGCAUCUACAACUACAACAUCAACACGUACGCUCGCUUCUGCAAGUGCUGCAGGGAGACAGGGUUGCAGCGGCGCUCUGUGCAGCUUUACUGCAGCAGCAAUGCCACCUGGGUCAGCUACACCAUCCAGGAGCCAACUGAUUGUUCCUGCCAGUGGUCCUAAACACAAACAAAAGGAACUUACACUCAAAUUCAGUAAGAGAGGUCUAACUUGGAUGAAGAUCUGCAAGGUUAACCGACCUCAUAAAGGGGACACCUUUACGUUAGGAACGCUGGGAUGGAUUUAAGUGGAACUUUGGAAAACACCACUGCUGGAUGUUGGGAGGGAGCAUAAAGCUCUUAAUGACUGUUAGUGAUCUUCAGUAAGUAUUUUUAGUAUCUCUGCUGGCAUGGGGGUUGAGUUAUACAGCAGAAAAGCAGAUGUUACAAGGUCCUGCUGCUCUGCCUGUUACACACAGAGAUUUCGCUGGAACUCACUUUCACUGCAGAUAUCUGAAAGAGACAACAAAAUUAUAAAACAGCAUAACAGAUGACACUGCAGUUCUACUGUGACCACAGUUAAAAUGUUAAUCAAAAGAACAAAACUUAAAUCUUUUACUCAAUAAAGUUUCAAAGAUUAUCCAAGAAAACCUUUUUUCUUUCUCAGUUAUAAAGGCAAAAGGUGUCAUUUUAAACAGUUACAGAGCCAGACAUCUUUCAUAGGGGCAAGGACCAAUGUCUACUGAGGGGUGGCUGAAGACAGACAGGCACCAGAACCAGUUCAUGGUUAAUCUACACUAACCACACUGAAUCAACAGGAAAAUGAAUGAUGAGAAAAUAGACUAGAUUUUCCUAAAUUACUUUCUCAUUCAUGUUCAUGCAUACAUAUUGUCUGAUGCUGGAUCAUCUUAUCUUCUGGUUGUCUUAAAUGUAAGUCUUUUCGACAUGCUCAUUUCAUCCUGGUGCACACCUCUAGUGUUUAUGUAUCCAGUUAGCUUCAGUUUUAGCCAUUCAUUGUAGCCCUGUAUUCUUUAAAAAAUGUCUGAUUGUCACAGAGAUCCAAUUGUCCUAAAGUUUAUAAGAGGAAUAUGAAAGCAUUUAGAAGAAGGAAAUAAAACCAGGUGGUAUUUGGGAGAUUCUUUCAUACGAUACAGUAGAGCAGGUAGAGAAAGGAUGGCCUCAAUACUCACGGUAAAAGUAACUUCAACAUUUCUUACCCAAUUAAAGGUACAGUGGAUUAUUUUGUAAAGAAAUUAUCCACUGUACCUUUAAUAACCCUAUUUUUAGAGGGAAAAGCAUGUUCUGGGAUGGUAAAUUACAUCCACAGGAGGACAACAUCCACAUAGGGGCAAUAAGUCACCUGGUUAGAGGGGUCACAGGGGUGGCUAAGGGUGGGCCAUGGCCACCCAUAACCCCACAUAUAGCUCUGACCUUGAUGCUCAAAUCUCAUUUGCUUUUAAAUUUGUUUCUCGUUUCUAUAUAAAAAAGUUUCACCAGUACAAAAAUGAAGCACCUGACUCAGUUAGAAUUUUGCAAGAAAAGCUAAUUUUGCCUUUACAAAUGCUUUUUAAGAUAGUAAUUUGGCAUCCUUCCGUUGAUUGAAGUGAUUUGGAGCUGUUAGGUUUAUUUGUUUUAAUGUUUCAUGAAAUGAAACAAUAAAAGAGAAAGUGAAUGUAAUAAUUCCAGAAAAACAGGUGAGAAUUAUGUAUGGCUUUGAUUACAGAAACAACACGUGGGUAUCAGUAUGUGACACAAAAUUAAUACCUCAGGACAUUUAUAAGUAGGAGACUCUACUGUUUAAAGGUUUAUUCAUACCGUUGAAAUUUGGAUGAAGAUUGAUGCAGUGAUGGGAAGUAAGUCUGGCAAAAACCUUGGCUAAGAGUGCUAUCUUGGAAGCUAUAUAAAGAAAUGUCAUUGUCUCUUAGGAAACAUUUUUUUUAUCUGUAAUUAACAUUUGUAAAUAACUGUUUGUUCCCAUAAGUGAAUCAUUACAAAUUGUUUUCAGGGUAGUUUUCCAACAUUUACUCUGGUGUAAAUUUGUCCUUCUUUCUCUUCUCACCCUAGAGAAAAUUACAUCUCUGCUGGCAAAAAAAACCCUGCUAAAUCAAUUUCACAGAUACAAGUUAAAUAUUUUUGUCUAGGAAUAAACAUGAGGCUAAGUAGCUCUGUGGUUUUAUGGAUUUCAUUGUCCAUAUAUUUUGGUGCCUGUCUGUCUUUGCUUGGCCCUAAAAAGCCAUUUUUUUAAUCUUUACAAUUAAUAAAAGAUUUCAAACAGAAUGUACAAGCUAUUGAUAGUUUGCUUGUGUCUCAUAAAUUCAAAGAUUCUGUUUUUGUUUUAUUCUGACUAAAGUAUAUGUAGCUUUUACAAUAUAGAAAUAAAAGAAGAUAUAAGUAACACUAAAAACAUUCAUUAACUUGUUAAUAUCACCUUUAAAAGUGAAGUAAUUACACACAUUUAGAAAACAUGUAGAAGAAACAUCCUAAAUGAUAAUGAUCUAUUUAUCUUUCAAAAUAAAAGAUUGGGAAAAAAGGCAUUACCUUGCAUUGAACACCAGGCCCUACAAUAUUUAAACUGGGGAAUUAUAUCUUAAUAUAUCUAAUUUAUCUUUAAACCAAUGUCAAAUUCUAACAGGAAACUGUUACUAAAACAGUUUAUGUCCUUAAAGUAACUUCAUCACUGAAAAAGACAAUGUAAAGCAUUUUUCUACUCAUACAAGUCCAUGAAUUUUAGAGCAGAUUUAAGUGAUUACUAAUAACUAAACACAUUAUUUCAUAGAUAAACUGUGGUUCCUGCUGCUUUGCUGUGUUUCCACCUCUCUCUCCUGCUGUAGAGGAGAGAGAGGUGGAAACAUAGGUAUUUCUUUUAGAAGAUAAUCCUGCCACUUGUUUCUUAUUCACUGUAACACAAAAAAAAAAACUAUCUUUCAAAAAGUGUUGGAUGCGGUCCAUGGGGAGAAAAGCAUUGUUAUCUACAGAACACCUCCCGACUCACUUUUGACCAUCUUUAAAUUUGACCUUAAACCUAGUCUGUUACUGUAAAUAUUUAAAUUCAAGUGCUCUUAAAACUCUUUGCAUAAUUUAGAUUUCUCUCUUAGAAAGGCUCGCCUAAACUUUAUAUCCUGUGAUGUGGAUUUAAAUCUCUGUAAUCAACAUUUCUGAUUUAUUUUUUACUGAUCGACAUCCAGUUGUUUGUUGAGCACUUUAUUUAUUUAUUGGAGUUUGAAAUGACACAGAUGUUCUGUUCUAUAAGAUGCAUUCCACCAAAAAGAAGAACAAACACUAUGACUGAAAAGUCUUAUAUGGUUUUUCUCCCCACAAUAAAGAUGUGUUUCUCUGUGGAUGAAAUGUUUGUUACCCACAAACUCCUGGAUAGUUAAGUUAAAGGAGACUUGUAUAAUACAGAUGUACAUUUGACUUUUCAAUAAAUCUU